GUGUGAAUUAAAUGGCGGUGUGGGGGCCCGCCCCUCAGGUCUCUGCACGUGGAUCAGUCUGCUGUUCGAGCCUGAGUAUCAGAGGAGAGGAAACCAGGAGAAGAGGAGAGGGAAGAGCGGAAGAGGAGAGGAUUGGGGGAGGAAAGAGGGAAAGGGAGAGGAGCCGAGGGGUGUGGAGCAGAAAGAACGAAUAAAAGAACAGAAAAAAAAGGAAAGAACAGAGGGAGUGGAUGCCCGUUCUGUUUAACAGGACUUCAGGCUGAAGCUGAAGUGGGCAGCUGUCUCUCUCCCUGAGUGAGUGGCAUCUUCACACCGAGACCACAGAGACGGUCUCCCCUCCUCCCUCUCUCUCUCACAGCACUCAGCAGCAAGGUUGUGGUUCAGAGUUAUUGAAGGAAAGACAGACAGGUGUUGUCGUGUAGCCCUCUCAGUUUUAUAGUAGAGGGCUUCACAGACACAGACCAAGUGUGGUGUGUUUUGUCCUGUCUCAGGCUGAAUGUAUCACCCAGCAGAGCAGUAUUCUGGGCGUAACACCAGGGACUCCUACCCUGCUGGAGGACCUCACAGAGGAACAUGGGCCCCUGUCAACAGUCGCCCCUGGGGCCCUUCAAACAGGUACAAUGGCGGAAUCAACCAAUCCCAGCACCUAAACAAGAUUUAUAAUGACAGGGGGGCCAGGCCAUCCUUCCAUUCCCAGGGAAGGGGCCCUCAGCGGAACCAGAGACCAGCAAUACGACCCUGGGCCCAGAAAGACCAGGCUUAUGAGACCCAGGGCUGGCACCAGGACUCCCCACGUUCAUUUCAAAACCAUGGCCGCAACCAGGGGGGCUACCAAACAGGACCGGGGGAACCCUACACCAUCUGGGACUCCUACAACAACCAGCCUCCCAGGUAUGGGGGUCCCCACCAGCACCAACGGCCCAGAGAUCCCCCCGGAGACCUGGGCUCCCCAGCAGAGAGGUGGGCCGCCUCAGACCGCUCCAGGGCCUUCCAAGGUAGGAUGAUAGACCAGGGACCAGGACCAUGGAAGCGCCCACCCCCCCACAAGCACCACCGUGGCCAACCUCCACACCGCUCCCCACCCUCACAGCACUCCCCACCCCCCAAGGAAGACUGCCCUGCCAAGAGGAGCAGAACCUCUGGCCCUGAGCAGCCCUCUCACCGUGGCUCAAAGCAUUUAUCUGGACCAGACCAGCCCCAAUCACCACCCCACUACCUCCCUCCCAAACAAGGCUUCUGGAACCAAUCAUAUGACAGACCUGGUCCUCGCACCCAUGCUGAGAGGAGGACCUCGUCUACAGAGUUACAAGAAUCCACCAAGUCAAGAUUAGGGCGUCUCAACUACAGUACACAUCAUUCUACCCAUACUCCAGUUCCCCAGGUCCCCUUCAAUGGUCAAGGCCCCCCUCCUUCCUCCUAUCCCCGCCAUCCUCCUCCAUCCCAUCCCUGUGGCGGCAGCAGACCCCCCCACCAUGGAUCCAGAGUGGAGGUGGAUGGCCAGUCCCAGCCCCCCUCCUCACCAGCAGACCACACCGGCGUGCCUUACAGUCAGCACCACCAGCGUCCCCCAUCACCCUCCUCAGUACCUCAGCACAACCCCCCAGCCCCACGCUCCCACAGACAGCAGAGGGAUCAGACCCCCUCCCAGCUCUCUGCUACAGAGCCUCCCCACCGCAACAGCAGCCACAGAGAUGGAGGCUCCACAGCCCCGAGCUCCUCCAGCCCCUCUGGCCUCUCCAGCUCCACCACUCCUAGUAAGGCCAGUGGGAAGAAAUACCCUCCACCUAAUCAGAGGAAUCCUGACACUGGCUCUGGCACACCCCGUAAACGGGGACCAAGGACCCCCUCACCUAGUCCCACACCUCCCCCUCUCUCUGCCUCCCGCACAGGGCUAGGCUCAGAGCCCCAGACCCCACCCAGCUCUCCCCAGGACAGGCCUAUUGUCAACAACAACAUACCUACUAUCAACAACAACAGACCUACUGUCAACAACAACAGACAUACUACCAACAAGCCAGGGCUGCAGCCUCAUGGACACAAACGGACAGAGAGGAACCAUAAGGAUAAAGAAAGGAGAGCAGAGAGAGGCGAGGUGGGAAAGAGGGAACCAACGAGGGAGAGGAAGAUGGAGGAGAGGAAAAGGAGAAAGGAGAAAAGAGAGAAAAGGGGGGAUGGGGUGAAGAAUAAAACCCAUAAAGGAGAAGAGGUGAGAGACAAGGUGGAGAGAAAAAAUAAGAAAGAGGAAGAGAGGAAGACUGAGAAAAGGGAGGAGAGCCUUAGGGCUAAAAAGCUGGUAAAAGCAGAGAUGGGAUGCUCAAAGUCCCUCACUCCAUCAGUACGGCCUUCCUCCCCUAAGACUCAGUCUGGAUCUAGGGUUCCAGGGAAGCCAGGGCAACCCUCCCAGACACCAUCCACCCCUGGCAAACACAGACACAGGGAGAAGGGCCAAGGAAGAGGUGGAACGUCCUAUGACCACAGCUCUCCAAAUACCUCAAUCCCACCUGCUGGCCCGCCUGCCGCCCGUCCUUGCCAACCCUCACCGUCACCACAUCCAUCCAAACACAAAAAGUCAGAGAGGGGAGGGACCCUGAACAAGUCAAACCCAGCUCAACCCAAACCCCCCGUCAAGGGCUCACCACUGCUAGCCUGUCCCCCACCCACCACCACCAAUAACAACAACAUCAGCAAGACCAGUAAGACCAGUCACCAGCCCACCAGCCCUCCAAAACCUUCUAAAUGCAGCACAGAGAGGAAGGCUGAUUCUACCACCUCCACGCUCUCAUCCAAAACCGCAGCAGCUCCCACUGUGGCUGGGUCAGGGGGGUCCAUCCCAAGCCAGCAGAGCCAGACUGAGACAAGGGGUGUAUGUCCAGAAGGGGGGGUCCUGCGGGCCCCAGAUCUCCAGCCUGCGGCAGGGGUGGGCAGUGUGGAGGAGCUGGGAGACAACCCCCCCGCCAGCCCCCCUGUGCUCAGCUGGCAAGGCUCCCCGGCAUCAGCCCUGAGUGAGGAAGAAGAGGAGGAAGAGCAGGGAGGAGUGAUGAGGAGACCUGUCCUGCAGCCCAGCCCCACCCACAGCCCGUCCCUCUCACCCCCCCAUGGGAACUCAGAGGGACUCAAUGAGAAGGCGGAGGGCGUCAGUGAGGGGAGGGGUGCUGAUGAGCUUCGCCAUAGCGACCUGGCCAAGCUCUAUGGCCUGCCUGAUACUCCCAAUGGAGUGGAGGAAGAGGAGGAUGAGGAAGAGGAGGACAGUAGUGGGGACACGUCGUCCAGCUCUCUUCUUCCGCGUCGGCCACACCUCCACCAGACAGGAGUGGCUGAUGUCUUCAAGUCUUUGGCAUCGUUCCUAGGGGGCCAGAGGUACACAUAUCGGGGCGGCCCGUUUGGGCGUCCUCCUCCUAGCUCCAUGGGAGGAGUGAAGUACUCCUCAUCCCUCGCCAUGGAUCCAGAAACCAACUGUCAGGACCAGCAGUGUCCCUCCCCAACAUCAGACUCCACCACGCCCCCAAGACUCACUACCCAAUCAUCCACUCACACUACCUCAGAUCCGCCUUCCAAACCCCGCCCUCCCGUAGACCUCAACCAACCACAGCUCUCCGUGGGGGAGCGCACUAAACAGAAGCAUGCGCGAUUGGAGGAGAUUCAGAAUGAGAGAAAGAAGGAGAGGACUAAAUGUGUAGACAGUGGGGAGACAGCCGGGUCUCUGAGCGCUGAGCUGAGAUUGACCACCACACACCGGCUCCCUGCCACCACCAAGGAGGAGCGGGGGCAGAGGGAGGUACGCAGGCAGACAGGCAGGAAGAGGCUACAAAGCGGUGCAGAUGGAAACAGGGAAGGAGAAGGGAAGAGGAAGAGAAGAAAACAAUAUAACAGCGUCAGUAAUCAUCAGAGUGGAGGCAAUGAAAAGAAAAAGAUGGAAGAAAAGAGUGAAAGAAAAUCAGCCUCCUCCAUUACGUUGUCCUCAUCUACACCUCACCCCAGUAGCCCGGUCAAGCUGUUCAAAGACACUAAGAAGAGCCGUCAGAUUCAGGGGAAUCUUGGCCUCCAGAGCAAAGACAUCCAGGGACAGAAAGACAAGGCACACACAGGAAACACUGAGCAGGGGGCACAAUCAACAGAGAGGAAGGAGGAGAGGGGCAGUGAGCCUGAAACCAUUACGUCCACACCAGGCAGCAACACAGACACAGUGGCAACAGCAACUUCCACCAGCACCUUCAACACCUCCUCCACUGUUACCACCUCCCCUACCCCCACCCCGGCCCCCUCUGCUGCCCCAGUGAGGAGGAACCCCUGUCCCCUGGCUGCUGCUGACUUCCUGAAGCUGAAGGCCCUGUCCAUGGGCCCUCCCAAGGAACUGAAGAUCCGUCUGAUCAAGGUGGAGAGUGGAGACAGAGAGACGUUCAUCGCCUCCGAGGAAUGCAGGAUCCCCCUAGGAGAGGUCAGCAUCAGACACACAGCCAGCGAGGUCAUCAGGGCCUGCAAGGGGGCAAAGGUGAAGGGGAAGUUUCGGGAGUCCUAUCUGCUCCCUGCUUUCUCUGUCAAGCCUGUUCUCAGCACCAACCCACCCAUCCCGCGAGAGAAGCUCAAUCCCCCCACACCAAGCAUCUAUUUGGAGAGUAAGAGAGAUGCCUUCUCCCCAGUCCUCCUCCAGUUCUGUACUGAUCCCAAGAACCCUGUCACUGUCAUCAGAGGCCUGGCUGGAUCCCUCAGGCUCAACCUGGGUUUGUUCUCCACUAAGUCUCUGGUGGAGGCCAAUGCGGAGCAUGCUGUGGAGGUGAGGACCCAGGUGCAGCAGCCUGCUGAUGAGAACUGGGACGCCACUGGUUCAGCCCAGACCUGGCCCUGCGAGAGCAGCCGCUCACACACCACCAUCGCCAAGUACGCCCAGUACCAGGCCUCCAGCUUCCAGGAGAGCCUCCAGGAAGAGAAGGACAGUGAGGAUGAGGAUGAGGAAGAAGAGAAUGAGACUUCAUCCUCUGACCCAUCAACCACCCCUGCAUCUGGCACCAGCAAAACCAGCCCUACUACGGUCGCCAGCAAAGCCAACCCUACUGUGGUUGCUAGCAAAGUCGGCCCUACCCCUAUUGCUAACACACUCAGGCCAGAGGCAAAAUCAACUGGAAAGAUCAUCAAAUUCGGCACCAACAUCGACCUCUCUGAUCCUAAGAGGUGGAAGCCCCAGCUGCAGGAGCUGCUAAAGUUGCCAGCCUUCAUGCGUGUGGAGUUCAAUGGGAACAUGCUGAGCCACGUAGGACACACCAUCCUGGGCAUGAACACCGUCCAGCUCUACAUGAAGGUCCCCGGCAGUCGCACGCCUGGCCACCAGGAGAAUAAUAACUUCUGCUCUGUGAACAUCAACAUUGGGCCGGGGGAUUGUGAGUGGUUUGCAGUCCAUGAACACUACUGGGAGCACAUCAACAACUUCUGUGAGAAGCAUGGAGUAGACUACCUGACGGGGUCCUGGUGGCCUGUUCUGGAGGAUCUUUACCGCUCCAACAUCCCAGUGUACCGCUUCAUCCAGAGACCAGGGGACCUGGUGUGGAUCAACGCAGGGUCCAUCCACUGGGUGCAGGCUGUGGGCUGGUGCAACAACAUAGCCUGGAACGUUGGACCUCUCAACUCAUACCAGUAUCAGUUGGCUCUGGAGCGCUUUGAGUGGAACGAGGUGAAGAAGGUCAAGUCCAUCGUUCCCAUGAUCCAUGUCUCCUGGAACGUAGCCCGCACUAUCAAGAUCACAGACCAAGAAACCUACAAGAUGGUCAAGCAUUGUCUCCUGCAGUCCAUUAAGCACAUCCAGAUUCAGAGAGACCGGCUGGUUGCUGCAGGGAAGAAGAUCUCUUAUCAGAGCCGUGUGAAGGACGAACCAGCCUACUACUGCAAUGAGUGUGACGUGGAGGUGUUUGAUCUGCUGUUUGUGACCAGUGAGUCUGGCAAUAGGAAGACCUAUAUGGUGCACUGUGAGGACUGUGCCGGGAAUGUCUCCAAGAGCCCCUCACUGGCAGGAGUUGUGGUGCUGGAGCAGUACCGCAUGGAGGAGCUGAUGAGAACCUACGACAGCCUCUGUGUGACUCCAUCACCCUGUUCCAAGUGAGGCCUCCUCCCUGUUGUCCAACAGCCAUAACCAAAACUCCUACACAGUGGCGGCACAGACGUUGUCUUCAAGGAAUACUACUAUUGCGAACACUUGGUGAACAGCCAACCAUGUUUACUCAGUAUUGUUUACAUCACAAUAAGAUAUCGUCCGUCAGCCAAUUGAAUUCCAGCUCACUGUCUUCCCCUCCUACCAGCUGCUGAUUGGACUUGGGUCUUGAGAUAGAAUGACUAGACUGGUACUACUACUCAUUAGAAACAUGUCAGACAACUACAGAAAAUGUGAACAAAGUUAGCACUGGAAAUCAGGUCUUAUUUAAAACGGACACUGCUGUGAUUCAAAAGCGUCAAGUAGCCGGUAUAUGGUGCAUUAAUUCAGGUACUUUUAUGCAAAUCCAAUGGAACUUUUUUACACCAAUCUAGUUAUUCUAUGUCCAUGAAUUUACUGUGUUGUGACACUAACAGCAGGGGAAUCGCUUCACUAGCAAAGUAGCCAAUAGUCUCAAUGAAAUUACAUUGUUUUGGUUUUGUUUUCUAUUCAGGUGAACUCUGACAUUUGUAAUUCUGUCUGUAUACUCUUUGGGGUGCUAUUUCCAUUUCAGUUAUUCUGACCUAGAUAUUUCAAAAGUUUUACCAGCCUAGAAGUACACCUCAUUGGCCUUGUGAACUGUAUUUAGAUGAUAGGAAAUGAGAAAAUGCAAACAUGCAGAUAAGGUUUUGGAAAGCAUUAGGAAUAUUCAUUUAAGAAGUUGUAAACAUUUCUCUGAAAUACGGGUUUACUAGAGGACUAAUCUGGUUUCACUCUUUGUUGGAAAUCUAGUCUGUUUUAUUGUGAUUUUUGUUUUUGCAUAAUAAUCCUAAAUAAUGUUUGGUAGAGAGAGAUGUGGUUGCUACAAUAUGCCCUAAAGAACAUCCCCUUCCUUUUUCUUGUUAUAAAUGGUAUCGUUCUCCCUGUUUUUAUACCUCUGUUUUGGUUGAUAUCUCCUCCUUUUCUGGAUUACAGAGAAACUGAAGAAUUGUAAAUUGUGACUUUAUUUAUACUUGUAUAUGUUUUUUUUUCUUAAAUGUAUUUAUUGCAUAUUGAUGGUGCUUCUCUGGGGACACCAGCUAUUUUUAAAGUUUCCUAUUGUGUGUGGACAGCGAAGGGCAAACGGGGAGGUUGGAUUUUAAUGGUGCUCAACCUCCUCUUGCCUCACCACCCCCUCACUAACUGUGUAUAAAAUCUAUGAAUAUAAGUAAAUGAAUAUAACUGAAACCGAGAGGUUGGUGCUUAGAACCGCGUCAUUAUGCUUACCGGUAAAUGAAUAGAAUGAUGUCUUUGUACUGUAUCUAACUGAUAAAAACAAUACCUUUUUCAACUUUUUUGCAUUGUAUGAAAUUCAUAAAAUUGUGACGCAUUUGUGAUUUUAUGAUGAACAUUAUAAGUAUUUGUAGUUUUAGCCACAUUUGAAAGAUACUUUUAGGGAUGUGUAGUGAGGUGUGGGUCUGGGUUCCUUCAGUGUGCUGUCCUCAUGAGUAUCAUUUCAAGGUUGUAAUCUUGCUCCUCUCCUCUGACUGUUUAUUUAAGCUGCACUGUUUUAAAAUAAAAAAAUAACUCCUAUUGAAGAGGGCCUGAGCCAGACCUGUCUUAAACAUUCUGUGAUUUUUCUGUGACAUUAUUGUGAGUAUUAUUGAUAAAAUAAAAUAAAAUGUUUUGAGAAAUUC